AUGCUGAAAAUUGGCCUGCCUCACGCAGCUGUACAACAAGCCAUGGAAACGGCAGGUUUAGAUCCCUCAAAAUUACCCGAUCAUCUCGAGGAAGUAGAGUUUCGUACGACGCAUAAUCUGGGAGAACUUCAAAACGUCAAUCUAUCUGCUCUCGUUGUGAAACCCGAGUUCCGCGGUCGUGGCCUGGGGAAGGCUAUGUGCGCGUACGCAGCUCAGGUAGCUUCCGGUCUAGGUGCACAGGAAGUUAUAGGAGGCUGCCUUGAUGAAUUACUUCCCUUUUAUGGCAAGCUUGGUGUUAAAAAAAGGAGUGCUAAGACGAGAGAAGGUAUACCUAAGAUACGGCUUGGAAAUGAAAUGUUUCUUACGCUAGAUGACGAUGUUCUUAAAAAAGCGGAGAAGAUGCUUGAUGAGUCUAAGUCCAAAUAA